GGUCCGAUCAGUUGUAGUAGAACUUCAAUCUCGGUAGGACGUUUUCCGUAGUCGUUCGCGAACUCAACCGGUGUCGAUUCUUGGCAGAAAAGUUCUAACAGCCCCAGUGACAAAUAGAUAUAUACCAACGGAGCCACCGCGGUGUGCGUGCGUGUGUGUUGUGUGUGCGCUUGUUUUUUUUUGCGGUCCCCCCGGGGGCAGGAGGUUACGAACUUGCUGGUGAUGUGUGAGCAAGGGUUGCUUCGAUGUUCUAACGACAAGAAAGACGACGACGACGGUGUUCCGGCCGGACGGUGCCGUAGUCCGGCCCGGUUGAAUUCGGACGUGUUGCUCGUCGGAUCGUGGUGCCAACCAACAAACAAAGUCCCCAUCUUAAUGAAAAAGUAAACUUGAUUCAGUAUCAUUGUUCCUGGUGCGGGAAGAUUUAAUCGGUUACCGUGUUGUGUGAUUUACGACGCUGCAAAACUGCCUAGAAUCUGUCACGGAAGAAGGUAAUAUUUUUUGAUACAGCCUAAAAGGAAACAUCCGAACGGGGCUGCCCCGUUCGUAAUCCACCCACUACCGCCAGUCAUGUUUCAGACUUGUUGUGUUCCGUUCGUGGUGUUCCCUGCAAAGCGAUCCCCAAUCUAAUUGGAAGGUGUUUGGAUUAUGAUUGUGUUAGUGAAAUCGUUCCCGUCUGCUGGUUGCAUUGAACUUUAAUGAUUUGGGAAAUUUAUGGAAUGAGCCUGAAACACGGCACAGCUGACACGCAAGGCUCGCGAAUUGAAGUCUGCUUCGACUUUGGUCCGACGUAGGUGAUUAGUCACCGUAAGAACACGGCUGACGGCAAACGCCAGCAGUGACACAGUGGUCGAAAGGGGGGCCCGAAUGUGGUACUCCCCGAAAAAAACCAAAAAAGAUUGUGCUCGGUCGGUGGUGGUGUGCGUGAAAGCUCCCCGUGUUCAGGUUUUCCUCGAUUGCUUUGAUCAGCUUUUGAGAACAGAUCCCCCGCCCUCCACCAUCGUCCGCCCACCCUCGGACACGUGCGAGGCAAGUCAUGGAGAAUAGUUAGAGAUAGGGGCGACGAAGGAAGAACAUAGCGCACUCCCCCUCCGGGCCCUAAUUAUAAUAAAUGAUCGCAAAUUAGAAACUAUGACUGGAAGCUUUUUAUUUUUAGUGGUUAAGUACCGGCAGGCGCUCGGCCAGGGUCACCGAAGGGUGGACCCCCGUGACGGAGGCAGAAUUCUACUCGCGUGAAAGAAUAGUAGAGAUAAAAUCAGGCAGAUAAAAUUUGAUUACCGCUGAAGUUUGAGGUUGGGCCGAAAAAGGAAAAAAAAUAAGUGAAAAUAAUUUCGUCGUGCUGAGUGUGUUAGAUCGUGAUUUUCUUUUGCCGAAGCAAAGAGCAGUGUAGUUUACCGGUGUGUCUGUUCGUGUGUGUGUGUUUAUGUGUUAGAUAAUAUUGAAAAAUCCAAUUACUGCUCUCGUAUUGAAACGUGCUACGAAGCUCACCUUUCCUCAAUCGCUAAAGCAAAGUACUCAAUUGUAAGAUUUCAUUGAAAUUUUUACGCGCGUGUGUGUAAUCAGUGUCUAUUGAUGUUGUGAAUGUAAAUUAAUAGCCAAUGUUUAGUCAAUUUUGAAAGUCGCCAAACCUGCCUACGAUCGCGAUUUCCCUGUCCCACCCAGAAAAAAAAUGAGCAUUCAAUUUGCGAAACUUCGAUGAGCAUUCGGUGAUGUCAUUAGUGGGUGAGAAUGAACUGGAUUAUACUCGGGGUGGUCUUCAUCCUAACGCCGCAGCUUCGUUUGGAUCCCUGGAUUUCGUCGGCCGAAUCGUCACCCACUUCGCUGAUUGCCAGUUUGCUGGGGGACAGCGCCGGUGCCGAUAGCGGCAGCAACAACAACCAGAACCAAAAUGGCCGUCGCAGUGGUGCCGGAUUAGGUACCGUGCACGGAACGCCCCUUUCUGCAGAAUCCCCCACGGCAGCACUGCGUGUGCUGAAUCCAUUCAUCAAACACUGGGAACCGGUUCACUUCGACCGGAACCAGUUGGAGGGUGCCCACUGGCAUCACGAGAAUCAUCGGCGCCGGCGGCGCAAUGUCAACUAUGACCAGGGGGCGGCCAGUUACGGGCCGGCCAACGUGGUGCGGCUCAACUUCCACGCUCACGAUCGGGACUUCAAGUUGGUGCUGCGUGAGGAUCCCGGUUCAAUCUACGCCCGAGAUGUUCAAAUACUGAACACCGAAGGACCGGUUGACUUUGACCUGUCCCGGGUUUACACCGGCGUUGUGGAAGAUGACGACGCGUCCCAGGUGCACGGAGUGCUGACCCGGGACAACCUGUUCGACGGCACGAUCGUCACGAACCUAGAGCAAUACUAUAUCGAACCUGCCGCCCGGUACGGGCCGGAACUGGAGCGGCAAGGUGUCCAUACUGUGAUCUACAAACUCAGUGACGUCAGGAUCCGGCAGGAUCACCACGGUCACCGGACGCGGCCGCUGGACAGUCGCAGCAGCGGUGACAGUGGCAGCAGCAGCAGUAGUAGUAAUAGUGAUGGUAGUAGCAAUAGUAACAGUACCAGUACCGGUAGUGGUAUUAAAAGUAGUACUAGUGGUAGUGAUAUUAGUGUCGACGGUGAACGGCAGAAUGGCGCAGCGACGGUGAAGAGGCAUGAGGGGAAAGAUGCGAGUGUCGGUACCCAACAUCAAUUGAAUCAAAAGUCUGAUGAUACUAGUAGUAAUAGUGAUAGGCUAAGUAGACAAAGCGAACACGACGAGGUGAGGAUUCAGGGAUACGGACUGAGCGGGACGGGCGGCGGUGGGGGCUUGGUACGGAGGAAGAGAAGCAACCGGAAGAGCGAUAUCAAGCGCAGGAAACGAUGGCUGCCGGAGGAGAUGCACGAAACUCGCGGCAAUCCGUCGCUUCCGUUGGACCUCGAAGUUCCGUACAACGAUGAUUUCAGCAUCACGCGCAAUCACAACCUCAACCUUAACUUUAAGGACCGAAUCAUCACCCGAACUAGCCUGGCCAACGGGGGCAGUUCCGGCGGCAGUGCUGGCAGCGGACACACCGUGAACAAAAACAUCCACAGCACCGUACAGGAUGGGAACCGUUUUCAGCCGCCUACGCCGAUGAACAAUCGGAAGAAUCACUUCCUGAUCAAUACGUACGACCCGAACGGGGACGCCAAUCAGCGGAUAAUCACCCGAACUCGGACCAUCGUUGGUAACGGGCCGGGUGGGACAACGGGUGCCAACAGUAGCAGUUCGAAUCCGAAUCAUAAAACGCAUGUGGAAAUCAUUACCAAAAAUGGGCCGACCAAAAAGGCGAACAUCAUCGUGAACAACUAUGAUCCGGAUGUGACGAUCUCCGGGGGACCGAACGGCAACGUGAACCUGAACAUUCGGAACGAACUGAACGAACAGAAGCAGUCCUUUGCCAGUUCGCUGUACGACCGGAAGAGUACGUGCAUGUUGUAUCUGCAGGCGGAUCACACGUUCUUCCAGAAGAUGGGUUCGGACGAGGCGAGCAUCGAGGCCAUCACGCGGCACGUCCAGCGGGCCAACAUGAUCUACCGGAAGACGGAUUUCAACGGCGACGGCAAACCGGACAACAUCACGUUCAUGAUCAAACGCAUCAAGGUGCACAAUCUGAACGCCCUGAAGGAGCCCUCGUAUCGGUUCGCUGGGAACUACGGCGUCGAGAAGUUUCUGGAGCUGUUUUCAGAGGAAGAUUACGAUGCCUUCUGCCUGGCCUACAUGUUCACCUACCGGGAUUUCGAGAUGGGCACCCUCGGAUUGGCGUGGACCGGCGAUUUGAAGAAUGCCGGUGGAGUGUGCGAAAAGAAUGGGCACUACCGGGGAUCACUGAAAUCGCUCAACACCGGCAUCGUGACGUUGCUGAACUACGGGAAACACGUUCCGCCGGCGGUUUCACAUGUGACGCUGGCCCACGAAAUCGGGCACAACUUUGGCUCACCGCACGAUCCGGAACAGUGUACCCCAGGAGGCGAGGAUGGCAACUUUAUUAUGUUCGCUCGGGCCACAUCCGGUGACAAGCGUAACAACAACCGGUUCAGUCCCUGUUCGCUCAAGGCAAUCGAGCCGGUGCUGAAUGCGAAAGCGCGAAGUGCCAAAGGAUGCUUUACGGAACCUCAAGCAUCAAUCUGCGGAAAUGGCGUGGUGGAACCGGGCGAGCAGUGUGAUUGCGGUUGGGAGGAAGACUGCAAGGAUUCCUGCUGCUAUCCGAUGUCUCGACAUCCUCGGUUCGAUCAGAAACCCUGCACGUUAACUCCAAAAUCCCAAUGCAGUCCAUCUCAAGGCCCUUGCUGUACGUUGGAGUGCACUUUGAAACUUGGUGAUAAAUGUCGCGAUGACAACGGAUGCCGCGAUCCAGCCUACUGUGAUGGUACGAUGCCCGUCUGUCCACCUUCAAUUAACAAACCGAACAAGACGAUCUGCAACAAGGAAUACGUGUGCUACAUGGGCGAGUGCACCGGAUCGAUCUGUCUUGCGUACGGACUUGAGUCCUGUCAGUGUGCCGUUGGGCAGCAUGAUCCGGCUAUUCGGGCGUGCGAACUGUGCUGCAAGCUCCCCGGUGAGGACAAACCCUGUCUGAGUUCGUUUGAGUGGAACGAUCCACCGUUCGAUGUUCCGGAUAUGUACGCCAAACCGGGAACGCCCUGCAAUGAUUACAACGGUUACUGUGAUGUAUCGCAGAAAUGCCGCGAGGUAGAUCCGUCCGGACCGUUGGCCACACUGCGGAAGCUACUGCUGUCCGAGGAGAGUAUUGCCACCUUCAAGAAGUGGGUCAUCACCAACUGGUACGCGGUGGCGCUGAUCAUUGUCGUCGUUCUUGCACUGCUGAUACUGAGUGCGAAACUGCUGGGCCGACGGACAAACCAGAAGCUGAAAACGGUCACCAUCAUUCACAGUGCGACGACGGAAACGGUGAGACUGCCGGAGGACAACAACGGAGUGAUAGUACACACAGCGGUCCGCACCAAGGUACCGUUCAAGAAGAAAGUUCGCGGCGAACGGUCCAAAUCGAAAACGGCUCCCCUGCCUCCAGGUGUUCUACUGCCAUCGUCUCAACAGCAACCGAUUCCGAAGCAGCUACUGGCGACGGCAACCGGUCCCGGCGGAGUAGUUACCACAACGGCCGCAGCAGCAGCAGCAGCCGCCGGAAAUCUACCAACAGCACAUCCAUCCAGCUCAAAGGACCGAUUCCAUCUAUCAAGAUCGGCGUCAGCAAGCAAUCCGGCGACGGUUGUAAUUAAGCAGGUGAAACGACAUGUCGGCAAAACGACCACCACAACUGCCAACGGUACCGACAGUCCGAAGAAACUCAUUAAGAAAAAGAAAAAACGCACCAACGCCAACACUUCCGGUGGAGGUCCUUCGGAUGAGUCACCGGUUAAAGAACCGAUCACCAAACAGAAAAAGAAAAAGACGAAAUCCAAACACAAAGAAGUGAUCGACUACUCGAGCCGAACCGAUGCUCACAACCACAGUAACACCUUCGGCAAAGUCCACCAGUGGCUACUGGAAUCACCGGUGGUGAUGAACGCUGCCAAUCAAUUCGAGCACGCCUCGAAAAUAAGCAACAUCAUGAACAAGAGUCAAUCGACUCCGGAACAUUUAACCUCAACAGCGGCCGCAACCGCAGCGAUCCUUUCCCAGCAGCAACAGCAGCAUCGUUCACCGAAGAAAACCCGUGUGAAGACUAAAUCCGUUGGUAACAUCAAUGAGAAGGUACGGCUGCAGGUCGUCUAUAAGCCACCUUUUAAAUUCAGCUUGAAACUGUCGAAAAACGAUUCGUCCGUGAAGACUCACAUCGUGGCGGGUCCGGUGGGAAAGCGAAAGAAUCGCAUGGUCGAUCAGAAGCGCGUUGCCGCUGCUCUCCAACCACCGGAUUCGCUUCGUGGUAGAGCCGCCAUAUUGGUCCGGUCGGCUCCGGAAGAAACGAUGCCGUUCAUAACGGAUCCUCUGGCGGAACCCAACUACGAAACGUUAAAUCCUCGCAACAUGCCGGAAACGACACCUCCCGAGUCUCCGCAUAUGUACGAAAAUCUGAGCUUCAACAGUGGAGCGGUACCAGGUCCGAACGAACUGCCGAACCCGGUGCCUCCACCGAUCAAUACGGCCACAUUCCGUAUCAACCGUAGCGCUAGUGGUAGCAACAUUGUUCCUCCACCGAAUGCACACUUCCGGAAUCCGUCGAUCACCUCGAUGGGUCAGGUUAUUAGAUCGACCGGAUUGCGUGGUAGUUCUAGCAAUCUAACCGGUGGCGUUUACCAAAGCAACACCAACAGCCGGGAACGGGACAGACACCGUCGUUCGUACGGUGGUGCGAUCGGUGGUGAAAGUACGGAAAGUUUGAUCCGAUCGAGCACAUCCAAUUUGGCCAAGUCGAACAGCAGCAAGCGCAAUAGUUUUGCCGAAAAGCAACGAUCCAGUUCGAUCAACCUUCAUCAGCGCCAUUCCGGUUCGGCGUCCAAUCUACACUCGAUGAAGCGUCAGUCCGGUUCUUCCAGCAGUCAGUAUCUGAACCAGGAGCAACCGCCACCGGAGUCAUCGAUCGGCCGGCGGCACAGUACCAGUGUCAAACCAGUAGAUAGCAAUAGUAUCAGGAAGCAGAAAAUUUCACGAACCUCCAGCAGUACGAAUCUACCGGUGGCUGGCGGUGGAAACGCUGCCCAACGUCGCAGUAGCAUCGGUCCCAGUAGCAAUCGUGCACCGCCCGGUGGACAUGCGCAGGCUUCCGCAAACCACAAGCAUUUAUCCCGCCAAACAUCACUGAACAUUUCGAAAUGUGGGGUUGGAGCAUCGGAUCGACGGCCGCAUACUGCCUCCGGUGAAGAUCAUCGGGGGCCGGCCGCCUUCGAGUGGCCCGUAGCCGUCGUUAAAAAAUGUAACGACGAACCUCUACCCUCCGAUCUGGAAAUGAUGGUGUCGGACGCCGAAAAUCUGGUCGGCGAUAGAUAACCUUUGGAACCGAGAGCCGAGCCGAGUUGAACAGUAGCAACGUGGGAGACCAUUUUGAAUUGAUGUGAUUGUGACUUUCUCGGGUUCAUGUCGAUUUUAAACUCAAGUCACCAACCAACCAACCAACCAACCAGCUGAAUGAUUUUAAUCUUUAAAAUACUCUCGCAAAUGUAAAGUAGAAGAAUGAACCGGUAGAUGAGAGAUACAAGAGAGGGCGGGGGGAUGAGUUUUUUUUAAUAAGUGCCAAGCAAAGAAGCGAUCGGAGAGGAGGAAAGUAUGUACUUAUCAAAUCACAUCAAGCACACACACACACAUCAAUCACAUUUCAUAGUUUGCUACCGUCGUAAGUCCGUCGUACUAAACGGAACGGAAUCAAUCAAUCAAUCAAUCGGAAAUAAGUUGGAAUGAUGAGAAUGAAUUUUAUUGGGGAUGGGGGGGAUGUGCCGCAGCGGAUCCGAGAACCACCUCAGUUUUCCACUGGAAUGGAAGCAUAUCAGCGAACAGUAGUAGCAGCAGCAGAUAGAUGAAAUUCUAGUUCAAUUUUAACUAUUUAAAAUUUUUAUGUUUUCCUAACUGAAUCCGCAACACGGGGAUCGAAGCGAAAAGUUAGUGUACCUGGUGUCGGAACCUGCCUGGUGCAACGUUGUGUUCUUGCUCCGUUCCAUCGUUUUUUUUUUUUCGCAGGGUGGCUAUGCGAUUAGGUUUCUCGAUCUCUCACUAGCAAUUAAUUCCGUUGCAAAAUGCUCAUGAUCUAUUUUUUUGUGCUAUUGAUUUCCCUAUACAUGUAAUAAUAAAUAUUGUUCUGGCAUCGAGACUUCAAGAGAACCAUCAGUCAAAAUCAAGCUACUGCGAGUAGGUAGCAUUAUUACUCAUCGUAUGGAAAUGUUUUUUAACCACAAAAAAAUAAUUAUUUUGAGUUUGUCUUUUCUUUUUGGAAGUCAGGAGGAGCAACAUCCGGACAGUAGGGCGGUUUAACAUGAUCUCUUAUCUCAACAGGGGCUGCAAUCGAGCCAAAUAUAAGUUCUGUGUCUUAAUUCUCAAGUUUCUGCAGUUGAUAUUUAGAAUUUUCCGAAUACGUUCUAUAUGAUAAUUUUGUGAUUCUGAAGAUGAUCACCUGAGGCUUUUGAGUUGGCAAUUUAUUAUAUCAAUUGAUAAUAUUGUCAAUGAUAAAGACUGUCCCAGAAAGUAUGGACGCACUUUGAUUUCGCUGUACACAAUUCACAAAUGUUAGAUAUUCGAAUUUUAUUCGAUAUACUGAUAAUAUUAGACUACAACAACAGAAUAUUAUUCUCAACAUUUGCUACUUAGCCAUUGUAGACUAACUCAUUAAAUUCCGUACAGACUUCUUGGCGACAAGUUUUGACACUUUUUUCCAAUCUUUUUCGAACUGUUGAAUGGUUUCGGCUGCCGAGACAUGUUUCCUAAGAUGUGCCUUCGUUAAUGCCCAAAAGUUCCUCAAUUGGUCGAAGUUGUGGGCAAUUUGGUGGAUUCAUGUCCUUUGGGACGAAAGUGACAUUUUUGGUAGUAUACCAAAUCUGGCC